CUGCCUCGCUGUCUGCUCCUCCCCACCUGGCAGCAGCGACCGUCCCCUUCCUGGGGCCUGGAGCCUGGGCAGACAGGGGUGGGAUCCUGACACAAGAGCUGGUCAGGAAAUCGAUUUAUCAGCUCACGAUCCUUAGAAAAACAAAAUAGGGUAGAAAUGAUCCGAAUGCAUCACCAGUGAUAAGGGGCUUACGCAUCACCAGUGAGGUCAGGCCUUCACCACAACUUGAACCACAUCCUAGAAACGAGAUGGCCAUAGAGAGACUGGCAUAUUCCUGAGCGUAUGGGGGGUGAGGCCCCGGCAGGCCCAAAGAUGGGGAACAUCACGGCAGACAACACCUCGAUGAACUGUGACAUCGACCACACCAUCCACCAGACGCUGGCCCCGGUGGUCUACGUCACGGUGCUGGUGGUGGGCUUCCCGGCCAACUGCCUGUCCCUCUACUACGGCUACCUGCAGAUCAAGGCCCGGAACGAGCUGGGCGUGUACCUGUGCAACCUGACGGUGGCCGACCUCUUCUACAUCUGCUCCCUGCCCUUCUGGCUGCAGUACGUGCUGCAGCACGACCACUGGUCCCACGACGACCUGUCCUGCCAGGUGUGCGGGAUCCUGCUCUACGAGAACAUCUACAUCAGCGUGGGCUUCCUCUGCUGCAUCUCCAUCGACCGCUACCUGGCCGUGGCCCACCCCUUCCGCUUCCACCAGUUCCGCACCUUGAAGGCCGCCAUGGGCGUCAGCGCGCUCAUCUGGGCCAAGGAGCUGCUGACCAGCGUCUACUUCCUCAUGCACGAGGAGGUGGUGGAGGACUCCGACCGGCACCGCGUCUGCUUCGAGCAUUACCCGCUCGAGCCGCGGCAGCGCGGCAUCAACUACUACCGCUUCCUCGUGGGCUUCCUCUUCCCCAUCUGCCUGCUGCUGGCCUCCUACCGGGGCAUCCUGCGGGCCGUGCGCCGCAGCCACGGGACCCAGAAGAGCCGCAAGGACCAGAUCCAGCGGCUGGUGCUCAGCACCGUGGUCAUCUUCCUGGCCUGCUUCCUGCCCUACCACGCGCUGCUGCUGGUGCGCAGCCUCUGGGAGUCCAGCUGCGACUUCGCCAAGGGCAUCUUCAACGCCUACCACUUUUCCCUGCUCCUCACCAGCUUCAACUGCGUGGCCGACCCCGUGCUCUACUGCUUCGUCAGCGAGACCACGCACAGGGACCUGGCCCGCCUCUGCGGGGCCUGCCUGGCCUUCCUCACCUGCGCCAGGACCGGCCGCGCCCGGGAGACCUACCCGCUGGGCGCCCCCGAGGCCUCUGGGAAGAGUGAGGAUCCUGAGGUCCUGACGAAGCUCCACCCGGCCUUCCAGACCCCCCACCCGCCUGGAGUGGGAGGGUCCCCCGCAGGCGGGCUGUCCUAGCCGGGUCACCUCAUCACCCACGUGCGAGGCCUGAGCCUGCUCCACGGCUGCUGCCCAUUUGGCCAAGGCAGCUGCCUCUUGCUGCUAGAGGGGACGACGGGCUGGGGCCGCGGGGCCCUAGGACUGGGCCGUAACACGACCUCCCUGGUUUCCAGGGAGCCUGCUGUGAUUGCCGAGUCCAACAGGGCUGCUGGCCAAGCAUGGGGAUAAGCCUCGACAGCACGUGGGGGUCAUCUGCUGCUGGUGGGAAGAAGACCUGGUCACCUCCAGGAGGUUUUCAGAGGAGCUCGUGGGGGAACAGAGUGUGAGCCCGUGGAGAGAGGGGCCUGGGAGAUGAGGCGGGUACCCAGGUGCUCACCUGCCGGGGCCUUCCAAUGCCAGAGGUGACCCUUGUCCAAAUGCACUGGUGUGAUCUGAGAAGAUGACGCAGGGAGGUGUAUUGUCAUCGUUACCACUUGAGCCCCACCCCGUGGAGGUUGGAUGGGGUGAAGGAAUGUGGGGAGGGGUUGAGGCACUGAGAGUGUGUGUGGCGGGGACGAUAGGGGCGAGUCAGGCAGAGGAGAGACCCCAGGUCCAGCCAACUCACAGUUUUCACGGGCAGGGAGAUUCGAGAGGAUUCUCCAAGCGCCAGCACUGAUGCACGACCAAUCCUAGGGCUCCGUGGGGCUCUGGGGGGUGAGGUUUAUGAUCCUUUAAAGUCAGCACUGAAGUUCAAAUGUCAGGCCAGAGGCCUAAAGUAGUUUGUUCAACUGAGUUCCCGACAGAUUGCUCCCAAUUCAACUUCUGUUGCUGUCUGCCCCAAAGUAUACAAGACCCAGAAGUCUGGGACUCUGUGUGUGUGUGUGUCCGUGGUUAGAAUGCCAGGUCUCCAUGACAGCUCUGCUCCGAGACACUGAGGCUCACUGAGGUCACAGGACGGCUGGUAGUGUUUGCUGCCAUGGACACAGACUGGAGUGCCUAGCAGUCUUUGAGAGGAGCAUGACAUUCUCCCCAAGUUCUUAGAUGGAGCAGAACAAACAAGAGAUGAAUUCUCUGGCAUCUUUCAGCCCAAAGGGCUGGGGUGAAGCUCCACUGUGUUUAAAUAGCCCCUGUGACAAAGAGAGGAAAAGGCCCUGGUCUUGCCUUGCCUCCUUGGUCCUCCGUCCCCACUCCUCUGCCCAAAUGUUCCCCUCACCCACCUGGAGAGUGACGGGAUGGCCCAUUGGCUACAUGUUGUCUCUUGUUCUGUCCUAGAAGACUGGUUACAGGGCUCCUCUCUCCUGCAGCUUCCCACCCAGCCAUGUUAAGCUCCUGCCUGGGGAAUAUACCAAGGACCAGAAGAGCAUCUUGCUACUCCAGGGACCUGCCCACCUUUGAGAAAUGCUAGCCCCUUAGAUUUCCUGGUCAGUGGACUGGCCCCAGUUCUGACUUCCCUCAGAGACCUGGAGUCUGAGCUCUUACAGCCAAGGAUCUUGGUGGGCGCAAACCUGGGGAGGGACCAGGGAUGGGAAGAUAGAAACUGCUAUCAGUGGGACAUUUCUGAAAUCUGCUGAAGAGGGAUCACAGAGAACAUCUUCAGUUUCUCCUUGUGUCUCCCUUCCCCUCUCCCAGAGAUAGAUCCACCCCGAGUUUCUUAACCCUUUCUUCAGAGGCAUCCAGAGGCUGAUAGCCCAGGCUGGGUAUGCCCCAAGGAAGUGGGCUUCCAAGUCUACACUUGAUUCUGACUGUGUGUAAUCUCUGCCCUAGCUCCUUCUGGAGGUUCUUUCAUAACCUGGGGAGGUUCUCUUCCCCUUCAUAGAGGAGGAAGUGACCGGGUCUGAAGGUGGAAAAAAUGACCAUACAGCUAAGAAAAACCCAGGAUCUUAUAGAGACAAUGGCACUGGUUGAGCCCUCCCUGCCUCCUCAUUUCAAAUUUCCUCCUAUUUUGAUCUUAAACAUGGGCAUUCCCACUGGGAUAAACUGGCAUGAGCUGAAGGCAGUUUCAUUUAUUAUCAAGAGUUGUAUUUUUGUAUUGUCCUUUCUUUUAUGCCAAGUAUACAUGUGUUGGACCAUGCAGUGGAUUUAUGUAGCAAACUUGAGUCUGCAAAUAAAAACCUAACCAGACACA